AUGUCUCCUUCCAUCGCCGAAACAGCUGCUGCCGGAGCGCCGCCGCCCGCCGAGACUGCCAUCGCUUCGCCGAUCCAGACCCAAGUGACCCUGGCGGGCAAGGUGAUAGCGAUCACCGGCGCAAACCGUGGCAUCGGUCUCGGCGUAGCAGAGUGCUGUCUCAGCAACGGCGCGGAGAAGAUCUACUCGAUCGAUAUCACCGCCCCAGGAGACGACUUCGCCGCCAUCGCGGAGCGCUUCCCCGGCCGCAUCGCGCACAUCCUCGCCGACGUCACCCGGGAAGCGAGCGUGACCGAGGCCGUCGACACGAUCGUGGCCGAGGCGGGCGCUUUGCACGGGAUGGUCUGCAACGCCGGGCGGACGAACCACAAGUCCGCGCUGGAUUUUACGCAGGACGAGAUCGAGCAGCUGUUCAACGUCAAUCUAUUCGGAUCUUUCUACUGUGCGAGAGUGGCAGCUCGAGCUUUCAUCAAGGCCAACUACAAGGGCGCCAUCGUCUUUACCGCCUCCAUGGCUUCGUACAGACCCAACAAACGCGUCCCCUCCACCCCCUACGGCGCCUCCAAAGCCGGCGUGCGCAACAUGACCCACACGCUCGCCAUGGAGUGGGCCCAGCACGGCAUCCGCGUCAACAGCGUCUCGCCCGGCCUCGUCAACACCGCCAUGACCUACUGGGUGCCGCAGCAGCCGGACUGGGAGCAGCAGCUCAAGUACUACGGCGGCAUCCCGCGGCUGGCCGAGGUGCAGGAGCUGGGUGGCGCGUACGUGUAUCUGCUGAGCGACGCAGCAAGCUACACGACGUCGAUCGACAUCCCGGUCAACGGUGUUAUUGGGAGUGAGUCUGUCUUCUUCCUCUCUCUCUUCCUCUUUCUUCUGGCCCCUGCUUGCGAAUCCGAGGUAGCUAGCUAG